UAGUAUAGGCCAUGAUAUCAUCUUCGGAUGCAUUGAUUAAUUACAAAUGCAUAAAAACUUAUAAGUGCGUUCUUAUGCGAUGAGAUAAAAAAUCAUAGAUUUCAUUUAACGGAGUGUUCUGUGUGAGUGCGAUUUUUAAACGCAAACUCUUUCGCGUCGCAAUCGGUGUAAACUAUUGCAGGUUAUGUUUUGAUCGCUUCGUGCAUGUAAAGGUGUGAAAGGCGAAAAAAAACAAACAAAAGAGUGCAAAACUUUAUUGUGCAUUUGCAUUUAAUUCGCAUUGAGUUUUACCAUUUUAUUGGUUGAUAUUUCAGAAAUAUGCCAGUAUAUUAUACCGGUUUAAAUGCCAGUCCGCUUUUUUCCGAUCAGAACGGAAUUAUUCCGUCGGUAUCGCACUUGACUCAGAUCCCAUUUUCGGGAAUCACAGACGUCGAGAUCGGUUGGAAUUAUUUUCUUCUGUGGAAAGAUACGCAAUUGUACAUCACGGGAAAAAUCAGUGAGAACGAUGACAGAAAUAACCCUUAUUUAAUGCAAAUUCCAGAAGAGUCAUCAGGAAGUUGUAAAAUGGCUGUUCCUGGUCGGAACUGUGUGAUUGUCUUAUCAACACGUAAUGAAAUCUGGAAGUAUAAGGUGUACGAUAACUCUUGGCAAAAAGUGACACCUUUUAUUCUUAGUAAUGAUGAUAUGCAACCUGAGUAUGCUAUCAAAUUGUUGCAAACAGGAUGUACAGUGGUUCUAACUAACUUAGGACGUGUGUUUAAUGCUCCGCUGUUGGUCGACACGCCAAAGAGAGUCAAAUUUAUCGACAUCGCUUGCGGAUUCGAUCAUACAAUUCUACUCGCAGAGAACGGUGAUGUUUAUUCAAUGGGAAUGGGAAUACGUGGUCAGUUAGGACACAAUGAGUUGGAAGAUUGUGACAAUCCGAGACUCGUCGAGGCUUUAGCGGGUCUAAAGGUUGUCCAUAUUUCGGCGGGCGGUUGGCAUAGCGCUGUAGUUACCGAUCAGGGUGAUUUAUAUACUUGGGGAUGGAAUUCAAACGGAGAACUAGGGAUUGAAAGCAAAGACAGAAAAGUUCACGCUAUUCCGACACUGGUGGAUUUUAAAAACAAAGAAGGAGAAAAUGUGGAAACAAAUGUCAGAAAAGUCGAAUGCGGAAAUUCGUUUACUAUAUGUUUAACAGACGAUGGUUCUUUUUGGGGCUGUGGCACUAAUAAGUUCGGUCAAUUAGGAAAACUUCAGCAGGACUUGGAAAAUCCCUGGAGUUUUGUCCAAUUGAACGUGCGACCAGUAGAUCCUAAAACAGUGAGAAAAUUUAAGUGUCACGAAUGGGGCACGGCGAUGAUUACGGACUAAAACAUGUAUGUAAUUUUCAAAUAAUAUGAAAUAAAGUACAAAUUUAGUUUUUUAAUCGUAUGAUUGUUUGUAUAUUUACAUAUACGUGAAUGUUAAACAACUGAAUUUCGAUCCAAUUAAGUAGCCUAUAGGUAUAUAUUUAUU